ACCAAAAAAAUAUGGAAAAAUAUAAAAAAAUAAAAAUAACCCCAGAAGAGAGAGAAAUAAGGCGUAAAGCAAUAAUAAUGAAGUAUAAUGUAGAUAUACGGCCACUACCACCGAUUAGGCAAGAACCACUCACUAACAGGGUUACUGAUUAUUACCACCGGGUUAUAUUUUAUAUUCCGAGUGUAAGUUUAUUUGACAUAUUUAUAUUAUUAUUAAUUAUUAUAUUUAUUUAUAAGCUUAUUAUUACUAUUAACACAAUAUAUAAUAUAUUAUAUAUUAUAUAG